GCUGGACGAAUCGCAGCCUAAACGCACACAUUUCCCAACUGGGUGCGCACUCAAGCCGUCGUGAAACGCUUCUCGGACCACCACCUUGCCGAUACGACGCUGCCCCCCCAUACGGAGCUGCCAUAUCCCUACACACCACUUGGGUCCCAGAGCUGCAGGAAACGGAGCUGAAACAAACGCAGCCACGAGCGCGACAUGUCAAGCUUCGGCCACCGGCGCUGGCCCUCCUUCGGCUCGUCCGGGUCAAAGAAGAGCGACACCAAGGACGUGCCCCAGGCGUCGCGCGAGGAGGUCCAGUCUAUAAUAACACAACUAAACGAUGCCGACGCGACGGUCCGGCGCGACGCCGCCGGGGCGCUGCGGGCCCUGGCGCUCCACGCGGACAUGAAGAAAUUGAUCGUGAAAUGCCACGGCAUCGGCCCUUUGGUGGACCUGUGCGACGGCGUCGAUACCGAUGGAAGGGGCGCCGAGGCCGCGGCGCGGUGUUUGUGGAACCUCGCGGUGGACGACGACAACAAGGUGCAGAUCGCCGCGUCGGGCGCCGUGCCGGCGUUGGUAGCUGUGCUCUCCUCCAAAGGCGAGGAGCGGCGGGGCGCGCGCGAGGCCGCGGCCGGCGCGCUGCGGAACCUGGCCGUGCGGCCCGAGAACCGCGCCUUGAUCAUCGAGGGCGGCGCUGCGACACCGCUCGUGGCGCUCCUGAAGUCCGCCGACGCGGCCGGGUCGGAAGCCGCCGCGCGGUGCGUCUGGAACCUCGCCUACGAGAGCCCCGAGAACCAGGCUGCUUUAUCAUCGUGCAUCGAGCCGCUCGUGGUGCUCUGCGGCGCGGGCGCGGCGGCGGCGCGGGGCGCGGCCGCCGGCGCGCUGCGGAACUUGUUGCAUGCGAACGCGAGUAACCGCGACGCCGCCGCGGCGGCGGGCGCGGCGCCGGUCCUCGCGAAGCUCCUGACCGACCCGGAGAUUGAGGAUGCGGGCGCGCGGAAGCACGCCGCCGCGCUGCUGAAGUCGAUGGCCGCGGCGGACGCGCGCGGCGUCGCGGCGGCUUUACAGUGCGACGCGGACCGUGUGGUCAUUGGCCUCGAAAUCGACCAACGGCUCGCCACGAAACCCGUCGACACAAUGCGGCGGUCGACGUCGCAGAAGACGCUCGCGGCGAUGAUGCGGCGGCUGACGCCGAAGUCCUCUUCCUCCAAAAAAAAUGUUGUAACUAAGUAACCUUAUCCGCGA